UAUUUUUGUGCUUGACUCCACAUCAGAUUCAAUAUCGCGGCGAUUGAUCUUAACGCAGCACAAAGAACGUCAAGGGGCCUGAACUGGUCCUACCGACAUACAGAGACCUCUUCACCAUGUCUGCGAUCACCACAGUCCACGAGUCAUUGCCAUACAUCGACUCGGAGCCCACCCCAGCCGAGCGCGCCGCCGCCGAGGCCCUCAUAACCUCGGAGCGGGCCCUCGUCCCCGACGACCCCCACCACGCGCUCCUCCCGCCCGCCGCGACACCAAACUUCUCGCCGGCGAUCCAGGCAGAGCUAGACCGCGCCGCCGCCAAGCAGCCCCUAUCCGCGAUCGACCUCUCGCGCUACGAGGAGCAAGACGACGGCCUCCCCACCCCCGCCGAGGUCUCCUCCGACCCGGCCGCCGCGCGCGCCCGCCUGGAGACGGCCCUGUCGCGGGCGGGCGCGUCGGCGACGUACCUGGCGGGGCGGCGGGCCCACCUGGCGCUGCUGGACAGCCACGGGCGGAACGCGUGGCUGGUCGGCAACUGGCAGCUGGAGGGGGAGCUGCGGGCGCUGGAGCGCGAGCUGGCGGCCGCGAGGCGCGAGGUCGACGUUGUCACCGUGGAGCGGAGGGCCGCGCAGGACGGGGUCGCCGCCGAGCUGAGGGGUCUGGAGGAGACAUGGAGGAGGAGCGUCGGGAGGGUCCUCGAGACCGAGGUCGCUGCCGAGGGAUUGAGGCGGGAGGUGUUGGAGCAGAGGAGGAGAAUGGCUUGAAGUGCAUACGCACUUUCCCCGCGGUUCGCCCUUCUGCUGGCACCGCGUCCGUCUUGGGAGAGGUGGGACGCGGGACGCGACAUGGAUACAUUGUCACGGGUCGCGAGAGAGCACGCAAAUACCGGGAGCCCCCGGGGUCGGCAUGGUAUAUCUACCACCCACCCCCUGGAUAUCGCUCAAUUCCACAUACAGGCGUUCUAAAAGGGAAUGGAAGAAAACGGACUCGGUUUAUGCAGCAUAUAUUUUUUCAGAGACUACAAUCCCCUGUAUUUUCCAUAGGUAUCUUAAUCUCGACAAGGAAAUGCCUUCGUGCAAAUGAAGGUGGUGUGAAUCCGUGAA